CAGUCAAUCUCAUGAGACGCCCGGACAUUCAGAACAUUGGCCUCCAGGACACCCUUGUUAAUGUGGCAGCAAGAUGGGAGAACCUGGAAAAGGAGAUCAUUGCCACUGGAUUUUGUGACGACUCAUCUAACAAUGCUUUCUCAAGUCCACUGACAUCUUCAGCCUUUGCUCCUUGGAUUGGACAACACACAAGACUACAUGACAAGCUUCCAAAAACAGAAGUUUUCAAAGGUCUCUCUCAAAGUGAAAGGGUGAGCUCUGUAUGCCGUGAAAGCCAGGACAUUGGUGAAGACCAUAUUUUACAAAUACUGGACUCUAAAUCGCACAAAAGAGAAGACCUGGUGAAGGCAUGCAACUGUCUUGGAGUGUCAACAACUGGCUCACUAUAAGGAGGUUUACCCCAAAAUGUUUGUAAAGCUGAAAAAAGCUGGAGGUGGAGUAUUACAUAUGGGCUGCACCCAUGGUGUUAUAUAUUAUACAUCACCAUUAUGGUGGCAGGAAUCUGCACGGGACCACAGGGAUGCUCUGCUAAGUUUUAAAUAUCCCCCCACUGUGUACAUCUCUGACAUCGCUGGACGUGUUGCCAGGCAUGUUAAUAAUCGUACGCAACAGAAAUUUUUCCAGCCAAAUGACGGAAGGGUAUGCGCACCAACGGACACAAACAUAUCACUGGCAGCUGCAGGAAAGUUAACAGUAAAUAUUGAGUGGUUGAAGAAAAUUAGGAGGAAACCAAGACAUGCAGAAGAACCCAAAGAAAUGGAACGAUUCUCAUGUCCACACCCUGAGACAGGGACAUCAGACCGGUACUCACUGUAUGACAGAUUUCACCAAAAAAAACAAAAGCGUCCUGAAGAGAGACUGCGUAGCCUGAAAGUGAUUCCAGAUCUGGCUUGUCUGAUUAAUUCUUCAGCAGCAGAACAAAUAAACAGAGAGCUUUCCUCAAGUCGAUACUCACUAUGUCAAAUGAAGGACAUCCACUACAUGUUCUCACUACGUCUGUUUUUUCACCUGCACAAUGAAAGACUGUAUAGCUCCUUCAUGAAGGAAAUUGAAAAACAGAGUAUAGCAGAAGCCAUACGCAUUGGAUUAGAUGGCAAACUGAUAUGUGGCCAAACAGGAACACACACAAGAAAACCUGACAACAGUCAACAACAGUCCAGAAGUCCUGAGGCUCCAGCAAAGGGGGACAGUCCUACUAUGGAUGGUUACCGUUUUUCAGUGGCAAUGUUUCCAAUUAAUGAUAAAAAUAAGGACAAAAUCCAACAGCUGUAUGCUGCUGAGAAGAGAGAGCAUGAUGUCAUUGCUAGAAUCUCUCGUUACGCCCGUCUCUUGAAAGACACCAGUAGCCAACUGAUGCCAUGGCUAUAUGACAAUACUGUAAAUUGUCGGAUUGCACAAAUUGCCUCAGAAAAUCAGAAUGUUGCAGCCUUGACGACUGACACAUUCAUUUUGUGGUACAGGGACUGGCUGGCUUCAAGAAAAAUUCCUGAUUCACAUCUGAAAAUUCUUGAGAAUGAUACACAGAAAACACUUCUAUCAAGAAUUGUUGGCACGGAUCAGACACCAGAGACAGGAUGUCACUUCAUUCUUUGGGUUUUUGACAAGAUGGAAAAACAAAUAAAGAUUUAUGACAACACAGAACGUUACAUGAACAUUUCACCCCCAGAUAUGGACAUUCUGAAAGAUGCCUAUAGAAAUGUAGACUCCCUGGAUGGGUGGACUGUGUGCAAUCCACAGCAAUGGCGAAGAAAUGAUGGAAACAACUGUGGUGUUUUUGUUUGCACAAUGGCAGAGAUGGAAGCAAAAGGUCUCAAAAUGUCUCCCGAGUUGCUUCACACUGACCAGCUGAUUCAUCUUCGACUUUACCAUGCCUCCUGUUUGGUUGAAAAUCUAGAAAUUGAGGACUUGCAACCAAAGAACACGUCUAAAACUAAAAACAGAUGUAUAGCCCAAAACCUUGGUGUUUGCAUAUUUCAAGAAAUCCAGCAAAAAACCAUGCAUCCAGAUGUCAAAACACUGCAAUGGAUUCAGUGUGACAGUUGUAACAAAUGGUUGCACAGUGACUGUGCUGGCAUUGAUCCAACAAUGGUCACAGUGGACAUGCCAUUCAACUGUGGAUGUGACAUUGAUAAGUCAUAUCCUUAUGAUAAGUAUGUACUUUACACUUGCAAACAAACUUCAAUUACUACAUUACAAAUGCAUUCAAUGUUUGAAUAACCCUCCAAUUUCUUUUUACAGAACACUACAUUUACAUUUAUGCAUUUAGCAGACGCUUUUAUCCAAAGCGACUUACAUUGCAUUCAAGUUACAGUUUUUACAUUUGAUCAGCUCUUGCUUUCCCUGGGAAUCGAACCCAUGAUCUUGGCGUUGCUAGCGCCAUGCUCUACUAUUUGAGCUACAGGAAAGCCGCUAUCAAUAUUGAAGCAGGGAUUGGUGGUGGACACUGUAAUAACAGACCAGGACAUUAUGGUAAACAAGACGAAUAUCACCAAUAACUGAAUAAAUGUGACUUCCCUUUUGUAAAGUGCUAAUUUGCAUAUGCAGUGUCUCAUUGACAUUUACAAGCAUAUCUGUUGGAAUUUUCUAGAAGUUUACAAUUUGAGAAAUAUCCAUAUUUUACACUUGUUUCAAACAAAUACUGUGGUUCUGUUUAAAAUAACCGUUUUUGCACAUUGUAGGAACUACACAAUGGCUUGACAAGUGGCAAAAUAAGAUCAAACAGGAUGUUUGUGCAUAAUCCAACAUUUUGUCCUAAGCUGAAGAUGAAACUUGAUGGAAGGAUUUAUUUAUUUUUUAUUAAGGAAUAAUUUUAGUUGCAAAUGU